CAUAGUGCUUAGAGCCAUUUGAACCAUUUAUAAUUAAACAUAUUGCUGUUGAAAAUUACUACAAAACAGAUAUCAUAAACAAGCUCAACAGCAAGGUAAAUAUGAAACAUAAAAAUAGUGGCCACCCACUCAAAAGCACAAGAAAAGAAUCUGAAAACCCACAGGCCAAACACACAGACAACAGAGCAGACCACAUCACUUCAGGAAACGGAAACAUAUGGUACACACUGACAUACAGUAAUAAAAUAUCACAUAGAACUGGAAACAUCUUGAAAAAGCAAGGGAUCCCAAUAACAUUCUAAACAAACAACAUAGUUCAUAAAAGACUAAGACCAGACAAAAAAAUCUCAGAAAAAUUCAGCAUGCUGUAAUAUACCAGCUCACAUGUAACUGCUGUCAGGCCUAACCCAUAGGAGAAACAAUCAAAAAUAUCCGAAUGAAGUACACAGAGUCCUAAAAAGUGACAGCACACAUUCCACUUUCGCAAGACACCCAAUGAACAAAAACUGUACCUCUACUAAUAUCGAAAGUGAUCUACACAUAACAGAAUGCACACACACGCAAAAAGACAUAAACGAAGAACAGAAGUCGUCAGAAAUUCCGCUACAAUUUUCAUAGUGUCCCCUUAGGUAAUUUCUUCGCACUCCAAGGUCCCGGGUAGUUUUUUAUUGUUGUUCGAAGUGGUCGCCUAGUGACCAAAUUCAUCGUGUGAAACUGGCUACUUACUGACUGACGAGCUUCCGAGUUGACACCAAACUGAGGGAGUACUUUUACAAAUAGAGACUCCAGCCAAACACAAGCGGAACUGAGCCCACAGAGUUCUACCUCCAUGACACAGAGGCACACAGGCAGUCAUAUGUGCCCCUGGAUAGGACCAAAAUUUCCUGCAGCUACUUCCUUAAUUACCUUGGUGUCUCCCUCUUCCUGUCACUGUCGUUUAUGCAGCACUGCGCGGACCUGUGAAAGUCGUUUGGUUCUAUUCUAAAUCAACUGCACUACAUUUCCGCAAAAAAAACUGGGGAGCAAAUGUAGACAAACAAAACAACGCUGCAAUUUCUGUUGGUUAUUGAGCUGUCGCAUAUUGUGCUAAAGUGUGGGAGAAUGGCACCCAUACAGUUAAGACGUAAGGAGCCAUGUUGACUAUUAAUGACAUUGCUACAACAGCUACAACUUAGGGGUUGCAUGUUCUGUCCAAUUUUGUCCCUGCUAAUCUCACAAUCAAGGAUGCCAAGGUACUAAUUCCUAAGACAGGGUGCAAUAAGUAUUGAGUCCAACUGAGUGAGGUAGCGCAGUAUGGUCUUUCUUGUCACGAAAGAUCAAGAUUCAACCUCAUCCAAAUGGCACAGGAGAGACAUGGCAACGUCUUGAAAACGUGGUAUUAUAGUGGAAGUGCUGCUCGUGAUUAUGGCGCCAAGGAGCAGACGGUGAGCCAUGUUGUGGGAGAGCGCCCACUCCAUGCCUUUGAAGGCGGUCUGCCGUGCUUGUCCAAUCAUAGUUCUGGCUGCACGUUUGUAUGUGAAUUCUUGUAUUUCAUCAGAAAUUAUCAGUUCACCAGAAUAUGUUAGCAGACUCGCAUACCAGCCGUGAUGUAGGCAACAAUUCCUGUCUGACACCUCGAUUCGUCUCUAAUGGGCUGGCGACCUCUAUCAAUGGGAAACGUAAAAGCUGGAGAAGGGUUGAACAACAUGGAAUGGAACAUGACAACGCUGCAAGCGGAUGAUCUGAGGCAUCAUUUCCUGUCCCAGUCAGCGCAUGCUGUUCGACGCGUCACAAGAGCCACGUUCGGCAGGGUGAGAUGCGAGGCGCGGCGUCAUGAUCAGUUUGAAUGGAGGGAUGAACCUGUCCGUCGUCUCCCGUCUUGUGCAGAGCUGCAGGCCCAGGCGGCUGUUUUCCGGGAACGCCUCUCCAGCUACUGGCGGGACUUGGCGCAGCUGCUCUCACUCGGUGCGACGCACUUCUCACAGCUGUUGGUUCCCCUCGCAUUCGAACGUAUGGGUAACCACGCAAGUGAUGAGCAACUCCACGGUUGGAUUAAGGACAUGGAACGUGUGAAAGACAUGCUGCGCACGAAAUUAACCGGAUGGGUACAUGACAUGCAAUUAGCCAGCAAACAGGUGGAGCACUACGAGCUGGAAGAAGACGAGGACAGGCCAGGGCACUUGAUAAUCAGGCGGCCACUGUUGAGUAAACACCGGCUGCGCUAUCAGCCGUGGAGCCUCUCCUUUGACGACGACUUCAGUGCGCUGUGCAAGGAGCGGCAGCCAGAGGCGUCGCAAAUGUUCAGUCUCGCUGAUGAACUGUACGCCUUCUAUCGUGUCUACUGGGUCACUGCAGCUGAGUACAUCGAUUCAUUCUACGGAGAUGACUUCAAGAUUGUAGACGAGGAGUGGCAGCUGGAGGACAGAAGCCACGAUACGCUCUCCGUGGACACUGACUGCGUGCAGCUGUUGGUGAACGCCCUGGACCACCCCACGUGUCCGCUGGAAGACCUGCCGCUGGAAGCCGUUAAGCAGCGCGAGCAGUGCCGCGAGCAGCUGUGGGACGACGUGGUGCAGAGGUCGCCCCACAUACCCGUCACCAGCUACCUGGCCUACACGCAGAGGAUAAACGUCAACCUCUGUCUGCUGGCCUGGAUGGCUGUCAACUCGUACGGCAUUUGUCAGGACGUCCCGUUUAGUAUGCUACAGUCCGUGCACGAUGCUCGCUGCUAUUUCGAUAGUCCCGACGAUCAAUCGUGUCUGCAGUCGAACGCUACAGACGCCAUCUGCUCUGUUUCCAGAGCUAUUCUGUUGCUAAAGUGUCGCGACUUUUCCUCCAUUAGGACUUUCUAUAAUUGUAAGUUCACUAGUUACGCAUUUCCAUUAUACCAUAGUAGUAGCAGUGUACUGUAUCAGGAGCUAACAGAAGAAACACUGAACUACAGAAAGAGUUUAAACAACGCUACCUUGAGAUACAAGGAUUUCAAAAUAGACAGCUUGAAGCCUUUAGAAAUCUCAUUUAUACUGAUAAAUAUCAUUUUCCGUUUUUCGACUGCCGGAGUAUACAUGUACCUUCCCCAGUUACGUAAUUUGCCUGGAAAGGUAUUCUUGUCCUUUCAGAUCACGUGCAUGGUCCAGAUCCUGUGUUCUGAGGUCGUGUAUCGUAUGGCAGGCGUCCCUGACUUACCAACAGCAGUGCUGAUAGACAGCGCCCUCACACUUCUCAGCUGUAUCUGGCUGAACUCAUUCUGCUACCAGAUGUAUGCUUGUGUUCGCCAUCUCAGGCUUCCUGACCAGCUACUACCUGUUGAAGUAAGCCAGUUAUUCCGUCGUGAGGUGCUGUGUGCGUUUAUACCGUGGAGUAUAGUAUGUGUGGCAGCUGUUGCUUUGGAAAAGACGAGUAAACAUCACCUGAUCCACAGUCGCAUAGUAGUCCUUGCAGGGAUUUCAGUGUCUGUGGCAUUCAAUUUGGUUUGUCUCGGACUGCUUGGAUACAUGUACCUACGUACUCGGUGCUCCAUGCGGCAACUCGAAAUUUUUGAUAACAAGAAAUUUGCCUCAAAGAAGCAAUGUCUUUUUAUGUCAGUUAAGGCCAUUAUAUUAAGUGGAAUAGGAAUUAUUAUUAGAAUUGGGUUCCACCAGGCUCAGGGAAUAGCGCAGUUAGUGUACUAUAUGCAUCUAGUUACGAUGGUGCAAGGACCAGUGCUCUUCGUCUGUUUCGUUUGCAAUGGAACGACGCUCCCCAUACUCAAGAACAGGAUACUUCUUUGGUGGAACCCAACCGACAUCCCUGCAGGUCUAGAGCUGUGUUCGGCAGCCGAGAGGAAUCUGCCAGGAGAAACAAUGAACAGUCUCCCUUUUCAGAAUCCUAGCUGUAGCCUCCUUCAGUAUUUUUCGCAAAUAACUGUCUCCACACUACACUGCGUUAAGCCCAGCAAUAAAAAUGGACUCUACCUGGUAUGACAAUAUUAAAUGUCAUUAAAUCUCAUAUCGUACAGCCAGUACUUCUCUUUCCUAACGUCUCCUUCAUUUAUAACUGUGUGCUUAUUUGUGAGUGGUAGCCCCUGUCUACCUAUUCUAAUGCACUGAGACUACUUACUAAAAUAGUUGGGAAAUGCUUCGUGUAUACAAUAGGCUGCGUCAAUCACACAGCCUGUUAUAUACAAGGAAAACGCAGCACGUUGUCGAAGGAAUUCCCGUUCGUCAGGGUCAUCUACCGUGGCGAUGGUGCAUUUCUGGACACAUAUUCGUAUGACGUCUUUUCUCCGUUUUCCGUCGAGGAUCUGUCUUUGCAGUUUGUCGAUUUUAUUAAUGUAUGAUAUUAGUAUAUAUCAUUUUAUGUCUGAAACAAAGAAAUUUUCCAUGUGUGUGUGAAAGAUGUACUUUUACAUGAUUUGUAAUUCAAGUACCAUGACAAGUGACAUUCAGAUACUUAUAAAAUCAAAAGAGAGGGGCCAAUGACUGAAGUGGUGUGUGCAUGAAAGUGUAAAUGGGUUUGUUGAGCUUAUUAGUGGUUCGAUUACAUAGAGUGGCUCAAACAGGUAUAGUAAUAAAGUAACAGAUGACUUGUUGUGUGAAAUGUGGCUUGAAGUGAACGCAAAAUGUCGAAUGACAGAGUUAUAUGAGAUUAGCAUUAUUGGGUUUGUGAGACAAGAUGGUGAUUUGUUAAGCUAGAGGUUUGUAAGGGUACUAUGGCAGAUGUUAAAAGUUAAUGUUCCAUGUGCCACUCUUGAGCAAGGAAGAACAUUACUUAAAGGCGUAUUUACAGAAACAGUACUGUGGAAGGAUAAACUUGUGCCAGUACUGUGAGUCCUGGAAAACGUGCCAUAGUAGCUUCACUAGGAGCACACAGUACGCCGAAAUUGUUGUGAUUCGUAAUCAAUAGACGAUCUCCCAUUUGUUCAAAUAAAACCUGAGUGAGCAAAGUGAA